AUGGAACUUCGUUGGAAAACUAAUCGAUUUGACAUUGUUGCCGUUACUGAAACCUGGCUGACCACCGAAAUUCUCGACUCGGAAUUGCUUCUAUCUGGAAUGUCGCUGCUCAGAAGUGAUCGUCCUACACGAGGUGGUGGAGUGCUGCUUUAUCAUCGAAGCAAUCUACAGUGUAAACAGAUUGAUAUUCCCGACGCAGCCCCCGAUUCGUUAUGGUGUUCAUUAAGACUCUCAAAAAACGAUAGAUGUCUAACCGGUGUUGUGUACCGACCUCCCGCAUCUUCAGACUCAGCCAACGAGAUUUUGUUGCAAACCAUGAGGAAUGUGUUAUCACUAAAUUUCACCCAUGCCCUCAUAAUGGGUGAUUUUAACUGCCCCAAUCUCACAAGAUCGAGGAAUUCCCGCCAGCCAUUCGAGAAACAAUUACCUCAGUUGAUUGAAUUUCACCCACUGUACAACGACGUAACAGAACCCACCAGAUUUGGAGCAGGUCACAAACCAUCAACACUGGAUUUGGUGCUGACUAACGAGGAGCUGAUGGUGGAAUCUGUCAAUGUCACGUCUCCACUAGGACGUAGUGAUCAUGCCGUAUUGAUGUUUGAUUAUAUAGGCUACGCAUCAACCCAAGAAAACCGAAAGAGCAGAACUCGUGCCAUCAUAUACUACAAAAAGCUGCAAAACCUGGCAAUAUUUAAGCAAUGGGUCCUCCCAGAAGAUGAUCACGAUCCUUUGUGGCAUGGAAGAGCUUCACUGAUUAUCUUACCGAAAUUGUAA